ACCACAUAAGAAAAACCAGCAGCACCAAGGAAAAGCUUGUCGUAAAAACUAUCUUUAGCUCAACAGAAAGUUGACUUUUCUUGCCUUUGCCUCGCACUUUUUCUUUUUAACUUUGUGGUAAAUUUAAACACAUGCUUAAGGUUGUUUAACAUCAUGAAGACUCAGCUGGUUGGUGCGUUUUUAGGAAUUCUCGGCUUCCUCGGAACCAUACUCAUCUGUGCCCUGCCGAUGUGGAAGGUGUCAGCCUUCAUUGGAGCAAACAUAAUCACUGCUCAGGUCUUUUGGGAAGGUUUAUGGAUGAACUGUGUGCUCCAAAGCACAGGACAGUUACAGUGUAAAGUUUUUGACUCCGUCCUGGCUUUAUCACAAGAUCUGCAGGCUGCUCGAGCCAUUAUCUGCUUCUCCAUCGUUGCCAGCGUGGUGGCCAUUGGGCUCACUGUGGUUGGGCUUCACUGCACCAACUUCUUUGAUUAUGACAGACUUACCAAAACCAAUAUUGGUGUGUCUGGAGGCGUGGUGUUUAUACUUGCAGGGCUCCUGUGUGCCAUUGCCGUAAGCUGGUCAGCUUACACCAUCAUCACAGGAUUUUACAGCACUACGGCCACAGACUCGAUGAAGGGAGAGCUCGGAGCUUCCAUAUAUGUGGGCUGGGUGUCUGGAGCUCUGCUCAUCAUCGGUGGAGGGAUACUGUGUGGCAGCUACAGACGCUGAGGACAUGAAAAAUGGACUACAAAGUGCCAUCCAUCCAAAACAAACUAUGAAAAUGUACAAAAAUGGAUUUAACAUGAUUGAUUUUAUUUGUUACAGUUGAUUUAAGCUCCAUUCUCAUCCUAUAUUUCAACUUUUAACUGCACUUUACUGACAUGUUGCAAACGGUUUAUGUAAAACCUAACAUAUUGAAGUGUUCAGUGAAAAUAUUUUUGUUAUGAUUUUAAAAAGUAAACUAAAUAUUCACAUAAAAAGAAGUCUCCUAAUGGAGAGAUUAGAUUUUUUUUUAAGGAUUUUAGUAUUUGAUGUACAAAUUCUGAAUGCUAAUAGUACUGAGAAUGUGGAAAUCAGUAGGGCAAAACUGUUAGUUUUAAUAUUUUAAUAAGCCAGUAAAUUGUCUUUGUAUAUUUUGAACAUUUGUAUAAUUUCUCUUUUUUGCACAUAAAAACUAAAUUUUUUAAGCCG